CCGAGGCACCCUUUCCCUCCUGGCUCUAAAGGCUCGGGGAGAGCGAGCGGGACCAUGGAGGAGCCCGGCAGAAGGACGGCGGCAAGGCUGGCCGGCGGAUCGCGCUCUUGAAGGGUUUGCCGCCCUCCUCGGGCACCAUGCGCUUCUCCCAAGGCUUCGCGGGGCUCCUGUCUUUUCUCGCCCUCCUCGGCGCCAGGACGUGGCAGCUCCGCCUGCACCCUAAGCAAGAGACUUUGGUGAAACACCUGUCAUCAUAUGAAAUAGUGACACCUACACGAGUCAAUGAGUUUGGAGAAGAUUUUCCUCACACUCACCACUUCAAGAGGAGGAAAAGAAGUAUGGAGGCACAAGUGGAGCCCAUUUCUUUUAGGACUCAUUACCGACUCAAUGCCUAUGGACAAGUUUUCCAGCUGAAUUUGAGUGCUGACACAAGUUUCAUUGCUCCUCACUAUGCUGAGGUGCAUUUGGGGGCCACGAAAAAAUAUCCAACCUCAAAUCUGUACCAUUGCUUCUUCCGUGGGCAUGUCAAUUCACAGGAAAUACACACAGCAGUCUUCAGCCUCUGUGGUGGCCUGAUGGGCACAUUUAGAUCACAUGAUGGUGAAUACUUUCUAGAACCUUUGAUGACAGAAGAUGAAUAUGAAGAUGACGAUGACCAUAAAAAGCCACAUAUCAUAUACAGACAUGAAGAAUUUAAGAAAGAUUCUUAUCAAAAUUUCUAUAAACCAUGUGAAACUUCAGAAGAGCCAAAGAAAACCACUUUACCAUUUCCAUAUGAGAGCAGCUUAAUGAAAGAUAUAAAUAGCCUUCAAGAGCAUACAGUUCUAGAAUAUGAUUCAAAAAAACUGUUUGUAGACAAGAACAGAAGCAAUCCACAUUCCCGGAGAAAACGUUUCCUUUCAUAUCCAAGAUAUGUAGAGGUGAUGGUUACAGCUGAUGCCAGAAUGGUUCAGCACCAUGGACGGAACUUACAGCAUUAUGUACUAACACUAAUGUCAAUAGUUGCAACAAUCUACAGGGAUUCAAGUAUAGGAAAUCAAAUAAAUAUACUCAUUGUAAAAUUAGUUGUAGUUCACAAUGAACAGGAAGGACCAGCUAUCAGUUUUAAUGCAGCCACUACUCUUCGCAAUUUCUGUUUAUGGCAACAAACACAAAACAUUCUAGAUGACAGUCAUCCUUCUCAUCAUGACACUGCUGUUCUCAUCACUAGGGAAGAUAUCUGCAGAGCAAGGGAGAAGUGUGAUACCUUAGGUUUAGCUGAAUUGGGUACAAUGUGUGAUCCUCUGCGCAGCUGUUCUAUUAGCGAAGAAAAUGGAUUAAGUGCUGCAUUUACAAUAGCUCAUGAACUUGGACAUGUGUUUAAUAUUCCCCAUGAUGAUAGCUUUAAAUGUAAAGAAGUCGGAAUUAAGCAUCAAUAUCAUGUAAUGGCCCCAACUUUAAACUACCAUUCUAGUCCAUGGACUUGGUCAAAAUGCAGCCAGAAAUACAUCACUGAAUUUUUAGAUACUGGUUAUGGGGAAUGCCUUCUAGAUGUACCAAGUGGAAGAAUCUAUGAUUUUCAAUCACAGUUGCCUGGUUCCCUGUAUGAUGUAAACCAACAGUGUGAGCUGAUGUUUGGUCCUGGCUCCCAAGUAUGCCCAUACAUGAAACAAUGCAAACACUUAUGGUGUACAAGUGCAGAAGGUGUUCAUAAGGGUUGCCGUACACAGCAUAUGCCACUGGCAGAUGGAACAGAAUGUGGCCACGGGAUGCAUUGCCGCCAUGGGAUUUGUGUAAGCAGAGAAAUGGAAAAGCUUCCUGUGGAUGGAGAAUGGGGAUCCUGGGGGCCUUACAGUUCAUGUACCAGAACAUGUGGAGGCGGUAUCAAAAGUACAAGCAGACUUUGUAAUCGACCCGAGCCAAAACAUGGAGGAAAGUACUGUGUGGGCCGCAGGAUGAAGUUUCGCUCAUGUAACACUGAUACUUGUCCUAAAGGCAGAAAGGAUUUUCGAGAUCAACAGUGUUCAGAGUUUGAUGGUAAACAUUUCAACAUCAAUGGAUUGACAUCUACUGUACGCUGGCUUCCAAAAUAUAACGGCAUUUCCAUGAAGGAUCGCUGCAAGCUUUUUUGCCGAGUUUCUGGAACAACAUCCUACUAUCAACUGAAAGAUAGAGUUGUUGAUGGUACUCCAUGUGGAACAGAUACUCAUGAUAUAUGUGUUCAAGGCUUAUGCAGGCAAGCUGGCUGUGAUCAUGUCUUAAAUUCCAAGGCAAAAAGAGAUAAAUGUGGCAUCUGUGGUGGUGACAAUUCAUCUUGUAGGACUCUUACUGGUACUUUCAACAGUGCACAUUACGGCUAUAACAUUGUAGUAAAAAUUCCCAUAGGAGCAACAAACCUUGAUAUAUAUCAGCACAGCUAUUCGGGGAAUCCAGAAGAUGACAAUUAUCUUGCACUAUCCGAUACUCAGGGGAAUUUCUUCCUGAAUGGAAAUUUUGUUGUCAGCCUGUCUAAAAAGGAAAUCAGCAUGUAUGGAGCUAACUUUGAGUAUAGUGGUUCAAAUAACACCAUGGAGAGAAUAAACAGUACUGGCAGGCUUGAAGUGGACAUUAUCUUGCAGGUGUUGUGUGUAGGUAAUUUGUAUAAUCCUGAUGUCCGCUAUUCAUUCAGUAUUCCUGUAGAAGAAGGAAUUGAUCUAUUUACUUGGGACCCAUAUGGCCUUUGGCAGGAUUGCAGCAAAAUGUGUCAAGGUCUUCAUAGGAGAAAGGUAACAUGCAUACGAAGGAGUGAUCUCUUGAUGGUGCCUGACCAAAGAUGUGAGCAUAUAAUGUCUCCCAGACCUAUAACAGAGCAAUGUAAUACAGAAUGUGAAUUAAGGUGGCAUACCACUGGCAAAAGUGAGUGCUCAACUCGAUGUGGUCCAGGGAUUCGGUCUUUAGACAUCCACUGUAUGAAGUACACUAUUUCAAAGGAACCCAGUGUUCCAGUGGACGAUAAAUACUGUGCUGAUCAGCCAAAACCAUCAGUCCGAGAAGUCUGUCAUGGAGACUGUCUUCAGGCAAGCUGGCAUUACACAGAAUGGUCCGAGUGUUCCAGGAGUUGUGGACAAGGAGUGAAAACAAGAGAAGCUUUUUGUAUGAACAACUUUGGCCGUCGACUUGCAGACAGAGAAUGCCAUGAAUUUCCAAAGCUUGUUACUGAGAACUGCAAUGAAUUCUUGUGUCCCCAUUGGAUUACUAGUGACUGGAGUGAGUGUCCUGUUACUUGUGGGAAGGGAGCAAGGCAUCGACAAGUAAGGUGUCAACUGAAUGACGACCAACUAGAAGAUGUCUUCUGUAAUCCAAACUCUAUACCAGAAUUAGUGAGCUCAUGUGAACUUAAGGAGUGUGCUACAUGGCAAGUGGGACCCUGGGGAGAAUGCUCUGUUACAUGUGGGCAUGGAUACCAAGUGCGUGCAGUCAAAUGUGUUGAUGGCCUUUAUGGAACUAUUUUGGACGAUGAUAUAGAGUGCAGUGCUGCUACACCACCAAGUGACAGCCAGGAAUGUGAGAUGUCAUCUUGCCCAGACCCCAUCAAACUGUGGCCAACUUCACCUCCCAUCAUCCAGACUGACAAAGUGACCCAGUGGAGAUAUGGAUCAUGGACGCCAUGUUCUGCAUCUUGUGGAAGGGGAAACCGUGCUCGCUAUGUAAGCUGUCGGGAUGGACUUGGCAGAGUAGCAGAAGAAUCAUUUUGUGCCCAUUCACCCAGACCAGAAGAACUUUCAAGCUGCUUUAGUCCAUGUGGUGUUUGGCAAGCUGGAAGUUGGUCACCUUGCACAGUUACAUGUGGUAAUGGAAUAGUAACAAGGGAAGUUGUCUGUGUCAACCACCAUCAACAAAUUGAUGAGAAUUACUGUGAUCCCGAAGGCCAUCCUGCAAAAGAACAAGAAUGUAACAUGCCACCCUGCCAGCCAGUUUAUCAUCGUAUUCCUGAUAAACAUGAACAUCCAAACCAUCAGGAUUAUCCUCCAAUUAACAAGGUCCAUCCUUCACAUGGCAAUGUAAACUCAAGGAACCACCACUCUUCUCCUCAAGGAAACCAAUGGAGAACAGGACCAUGGGGAGCUUGCUCAAGUACUUGUGCUGGUGGAUUUCACCGCCGGGUUGUGGUUUGCCAAGAUGAAGAUGGGCAAAACGCUAGCUAUUGUGAUGAGACAUUGAAGCCACCAAACUUGAGCCACUGUGAUUCUGGUCCCUGUCCAAGAUGGAACUAUGGGAGCUGGGGAGAGUGCACUCAAACCUGUGGUGAUGGAAUAAAGACACGAUUAGUGAUCUGCCAGCUUCCAAAUGGACAAGUGCUAAGUGAUCAAAACUGUGAAAUACUAGAAAAGCCUCCAAAUACAGCACAGUGUGACAAUAUACAUCCAUGUCCUAGUGAAGUUUCAUGGCAUCGUGGACCAUGGAAAUCGUGCUCUGUGUCCUGUGGGAAAGGUUUAAAGAACCGUGAAGUAUAUUGCAUUGACAACUUCCAAACUAAACUAGGAGAAGAUGAAUGCAAACAUUUAAAGAAGCCUCGAACCCACAAAGAGUGCAGAUCUGCCCGAUGUCCUGAAUGGAAGGCUAACAAGUGGAAUGAGUGUUCUGUGACCUGUGGAGAAGGAAUUCAGCAACGUGAUGUUUAUUGCAGACUAAGACACAUUGGUCAAGUUAAUAAAAUGAUGUGUGGUCCUCUUGCCCAGCCACCUAGUAUAAAGCUCUGCACACUGCCUCCCUGUGCACAAUACAAGUGGUCAGCUGAGGAAUGGCAAAAUUGUUCUUUGUCAUGUCGAAAAAAAGAAAUACACCGGAAAGUGAAGUGUGUAGAUGAAAAGGGAAACCAAGUGAAUGAAAGGCUGUGCAAUCCUGCUGUAAAGCCAACAUCUAUUAAAAAAUGCAGAAUGGAAUCCUGUAAAUUUGUUGUGAUGACAAUUGACUUGUCACAGUGUCCAUCUGGUUGUAAUCUUGAGUAUAAACAUAAGAUUGCAUACUGUGUAGAAGCACACAAUGCUUGGAACACUCGUCCUUAUGGCCUUCGAUCAAUAGCUUAUCAAGAUUGCCCAGUGAUCCAACCAACUCUGAUUGAUAAAUGUGACAUUCAGACUUGUCUACAUGUUGCAACUUGGAAAGUUGGAAAAUGGCAUAAGUGCUCAGUGCCAUGUGGAAUGGGGAUAACAGAAAGAAGAGUGGAAUGCAUGACUGAAAAUGGUUUAUCCAGUGACUUGUGCCUUUCACAUUUAAAACCAGCAUCAAGAAGGCGAUGCCAUCCAAAAGACUGCAAGAAGAUAACCAGCUGCAAAGAAAUCCAGAUUGGAAAAAAGUUUCAAAAGGAUGGUGAAUAUUUGCUUAACAUUAAGGGAAAAAUGAUAAAGAUUUAUUGUUCAGACAUGUGGCUAGAAAAUCCCAAAGAAUAUGUAACAUUGGCUAAAGGGGAAGCAGAUAACUUUUCAGAAGUAUAUGGAUAUCGGCUGCAGAAUCCAUUUGAAUGUCCUUUUAAUGGAAGCAGACGUCAAGACUGCAUGUGCAGAAAUGACUACCCUGCAGCAGGCUACACCAUUUUUAGAAAAAUACGAAUUGAUCCCAAUUCUUUGGAAAUUAAAACUACUGAUUUCCGAUUUGCUCAAACCAUAUUUGGGAAGCCUGUUCCUUUUGCCACAGCUGGAGAUUGCUAUAGUGCAGCAAGAUGCCCACAGGGGCAAUUUGGCAUCAAUUUGGCAGGCACUGGACUGAGGCUAUCCAAUACAGCAAAAUGGAUUGCUCAGGGAAAUUACGCCACUGUUCAGAUACAUAAAUCUCAAGAUGACACUAAAAUAUAUGGAAGAUGUGGAGGAUUCUGUGGGAAAUGUAUUCCAAAUGGAAACACUGGUCUCCAACUUCAGCUACAGUGAAGGAAACUGUCAGAAAAAAAGGAUUAUUUAAGAAUCAAUACUGAAGGUGCUGUUAUUUUUACUGAUCUUCAACUGUGCAAUGUUCCUUUGCUCAGAUUUUUUCUUUCCCCAUCAAGACAAUAGGCCAUAAAGACCAUAAGUUAGGGAUUCAAAUAAUUUGCUCCUGUAUUUGUUGUCAAGUAAGCAUGUGUAUAAAGAGCCGUGAUAAUUUUUUGUUUGUUUUUGCAGAGACGCUAAGACAUUUCAGUGAAAGGAAACUGAAAGAAAAGGUCUGGUAGUUUUCCUUCUGUAGCUCUUUGAACAUCCUGAAAGUCCCCCCCCCCCCCCCAAGUACCAAAUGGGGAGGGAAGGCUGCAGUGGGAAGAAGAAAUCACCCCAAAUUGGGGGAGCGGAGUUGAGCAGCUUGUAUGGAGUAAAUCCAAUAGUUUCCACUUGUGUUGUUUCCAGCCAGUUGAUCUAUAUUGGAGGUCCAAACAUCCACAGUAGGGAGUUAAUUUAAAGCAUGACAGCUCUGUUAGAAGCAGGACGCAAGUCUUGUAUUUGGCAAUGCUUCUCAGUUGGCUACCUCCCUGUACAUACCAGUGUGGAAUUGCAACAGUUUCUGGGACAAACAAUCAAGCCUAGUUGUGGAGCUUUGUUUCAAAAGGUACCAAAUCUAUCUGAACAAGUUUUCUAGGAAUAAAAAUGUGCAGAGGACAUUUUAUGGUAUUAUUUUGCCAUAAAAUGAAAUUUCCCAAGCUCUGUACCCAAGUGAUUUGAUACAUUUGGAUACUAGUUCUGAUCUGUACAUAAUAUUCUACUCCUCACUAUCAAUGUGCUGCCAUUAUAACUCAUUUUUCAGUUUUUCUGGACUUGGUACCUUUGAGACACAAACCCCACAAUUAAACAAUCAUAAAAACUGCAGCAGGGGAUGGGAUUUCCCCUCUACCUGGGUCUUUAUUCUACUAAGAAGGUUUCUGGGCUGCAAUAUGUUCUCCCAAGCUCAUCUGUUCACUUCCAUAACUAUUUCCCCCGUACUGUGAAUCUUAGGGGGAGCAUAUCAUACUUGGCUGGUGCUCUAAUGUUUAAUUGAAUCUCAACCACAAGACUACAUCAGAUCUCAAACCGCUUCCUGUGUUUGCUCAGAUGCACUACAACAAUGGUUCUCAACCUGGGGUCCCCAGAUGUUUUUGGCCUUCAACACCCAGAAAUCCUAACAGCUAGUAAACUGGUUGGGAUUUCUGAGAGUUGUAAGCCAAAAACAUCUGGGGACCCCAGGUUGAGAAGCACUGCACUACAAGAAGGGCACUGAAGUUAGUAAAGGUGGCACCCGAGAUGAAGGUUUAGAUAUAAAAACUUCACAUGUGUUUGGUCACAGAACUGGUGACAUCAGGUGAGUAUAGGCACCUCUAAGACCCCUUCUACACUGCCAUAUAAAAUCCAGAUUAUCUGCUUUGAACUGGAUUAUAUGACAGGGUAGACUCAUAUAAUCCAGUUCAUCUGGGGACCCCAGGUUGAGAAGCACUGCACUACAAGAAGGGCACUGAAGUUAGUAAAGGUGGCACCCGAGAUGAAGGUUUAGAUAUAAAAACUUCACAUGUGUUUGGUCACAGAACUGGUGACAUCAGGUGAGUAUAGGCACCUCUAAGACCCCUUCUACACUGCCAUAUAAAAUCCAGAUUAUCUGCUUUGAACUGGAUUAUAUGACAGGGUAGACUCAUAUAAUCCAGUUCAAAGCAGAUAAUGUGGAUUAUCUGAUUUUAUAAUCUGGAUUAUAUGGCAGUUUAGAAGGGGUCUUGGUGUAUGAAGGCAUAGAGGCAUUUGGCCUGCUGCUCCAGUCCCCUGCUGCAAAGACUGAACAAGGCAGAAAGGUUUACAAACACCUACGGUACAUAAAUACCCUUCCCUCAGAGAGCCCCCGGAUUACCCCGAAACUACCAUGUAUUUAAAAGGAAUGUAUGUUCAGACAUGCCUAAUGCUUUAUCUCAUAUAUUUUUAUGCAAAAUCCUGUACAGUUCCCAUGUGCAACCAAAUGUCAUACUUGGAGACUCUAUACAAGAGAUGAGAACCUCUGCAAAGUACAGUGUCCCAAACUACAUGUACAGAGUUUGUAUAUGCAUCAAUGCCAUACACACACUGUUUUCAUACUAUGCGCAUUUGCUGAAUAUAUGAUCCUGACUUGAGCCUGGAAAAAAUCCUUUGUACAGAGGAGUAACACCAACCUACACACUUUAUUUAAAAUUAAAUCCUGAGUAGGUUCAUUGUAGAAUGAUUCAGAAAUUAGCAAGUUUGGUUCUAUAUAGCAUAAUGAAACAAAGAGAGUUCUUGCUUGCUAGCUUGUUUUCAUCAGUUAUACUAUAAGGUAAGAUAAGAGAAAGGAUGUUUGAAAGGUAUGAUAUGCAGCAGUGCAAUCCUAAACAUGAAUAGAAAACAGUCAUGUGGCUCUGCCAAAUUAAACAGUUUUAUUAUAGCAUGAUCGUUCAUAGCCCAUGGCUCAUGAAAGCUCAUGCUAUAAUAUCUUAAGUUCCCUAAAGGAUUAUUUGUUGUUUAUAUUGCAGCAGACUAGCUUGACCACCUACUUGGAAGCCCUCAGCACAUUUACUCGGAUUUAUGUCCCCCUAAAUCAAUGAGAUUUAGUCUAUAUGAAGCUUGCUUAAGAUUGCAUUCUUCGGCUGUGUUUGUAGAACACAAAUAUAUCUGAGUGGUGCAUAAUCAAUAUCCUUUCCGCUGAUACAAUUGAUUUAACUUUUUAUUGUGCUCCUGUGGUUCUUAAAAAAAAACAACAACAACAAAGUUACUGGUGCUCAAAUGGAAACAGCAGCUCAGCUUCAGAUAUUCUUGAAACGAGCUUAUGUAGAAUACAAUGGUACUAUUACUUGUCUCAAUCUAGACAUUAUAUCCUGCUGAUGCAGCCUAAAAUAGAAUUGGCUUUUUAACUGCUUCAUCACACUAGGACUCAUAGUCAGUUUGUGGCCUACCAAGACUCCUCAAUCCCUUCCACAUAUAAAGGUGUCACCCAUCCUAACUGUCUAACCCACAUUUACUAGCUUGUUUGCAAGAAUAUUAAAUGGGACUUUGUUAGAUGCCUUACUGAAAUCAAGGUAUGCUUCAUCCACAGCAUUUCUUUGUCUUCCAAGCUUGUAACUUGUAAAAAAAGAGAUAAGAUUGUUCUGGCAUGACUUGUUUUUGAAAAACCCAUGUUGACUGGGGAACAUCUGUUUGAAUGGAUAUAAACGUUCCCCUAAUAUUCUGAACAUAUUCAUGUCACUGGAUUUAAUGAAAUCCAGUUUAGGUUUCCAAUUCUCUUAAUGGUUUUGCUUAGACCAGUGGUUCCCAACCUUUGGGCCUCCAGGUGUUUUGGACAUCAGCUCCCAGUGUUCCUAACAGCUGGUAAGCUGGCUGUGAUUUCUGGGAGUUGAAGUCCAAAAUACCUGGAGGCUCAAAGAUUGGGAACCACUGGCUUAGACGAAACAAGAAAUUGUGUCUGCCUAUUAUGAGAAGAAUAGUGCAUAAAUUCCAAGCUGUAGUCUUUCUCUUUUCCUCUUCUUCCAAACACAAGAAAAAGUCAUGGAAAGUUUCUCUUAUCUCUUUAGACUUAAUUCUUUAAUACAUGUAUACAUGGGAAACUACCUAUGUUGUUUUAGCAAAUAGUUUAAACCUGGUUUUAGUUAUCUAACAAUGGUUAGAUUCCAGUUCUUACAUUUUACUGUCUUCCUCAUAUACACCGAGGCCCCUUCCACACAGCUGUAUAAAAUCCACAUUGAACUGGAUUAUAUAGCAGUGUGGAUUCAGAUAACCCAGUUCAAAGCAGAUAUUGUGGAUAAUCUGCUUUAAUAUUUUGAGUGAUAUGGCUGUGUGGAAGGGCCCUGAGAAGAGAAGGAGUGUCACGUGAGCCUAAAGCUUGUGAAAGUUUCUGCUUGCAAGUAGAAGACAUGGUUUUAUGUUACAUCAAAACCAUCAUUAUUUUGUCAAAGAGAUCUCAUCUGUGUCCAGUCCUUUGUGCAUAUAACACAGCUUCCUCCACAAAAAGAUGAGAAAAUGACAGAACUUCAUCAUAGAAAGUUUAUUGCAUUUUGGUUAAAACAUCCACACAUGCUGCCCUCUGAGGAUCUGUUGAAAUAUGCAUUGUAAUGUGAUGUCAUACACAAGGCAGCUUGUGUUUUAAGAUCAUUUAAAGCACAGAACAUUAUCUAGAAUUUUUAAAAAUCAGAUUAAGUACAUAGGUUAAGUACUCAGACUUUGCAAAGUAUGUUGUGUUGUAUGAUACCUGUUUAAGCCAAAUACCAGCAAAGGGUACAAGCUUUAUUCCAUUCACAUUAAUGACGAAACUCCCAUUAAUCCUAAUGGAUCUGCAUUGCACCCUAAACCAUUAAACCAAAUAUGAAUUAACUGCCAGUAAAGUAUUAGUAGAUAAAAUGGCAGCUAGACUAGUACUGCCCAGAAAUCCAUUAAAUCAAAGACUAGGUCAUGCUGUAGGAUUCAAAGCAGUUUUCUUUUAGCUAACAUAUACAGAUAACUAUUUUGUGACCUCUGUAUCAGAAAAGUAUUUUGCACUAUGUGCUUUAAAUGUGUAUACAAGAAAACUGUAACACUAUUUCCUUAGAAAUGUUUACAUUGACAAUACAAUCUUAUAAAUUAUUUUUAAAAAAUCUCAAUGUAAUAAAUGUGCUAUGUGAUCAA